AAUUUUUAAGUGUGCCAAACAUUUAUGCAUUUAUAAAUAAAUUCAUCCAUUCACUUGAAAAUUAAUUAUUUUCCAGUCUUAGGCCUUUCUCCACAAAAUUCAGUCUUCUUCUAGGGUUUUUAAUUCUUCUUGUUCUUCCAUUCUCAUCGCCAUGGCAGAUUGGCAACAGUUUCUCCAAUCUAUUUUCAUAGGUUUACUCUUCUCUUACCUUCUCGCCAAGCUCAUUUCCAUUGUCGUUUCUUUCAAAGACGACAAUCUCACUAUUUCACGCGGUGAUGAAUCCAAUCAAACACUUCCCCCGAGGCGCAAAUCAAUCCCCGACUUUGGUUCCCGUAGCGAGGAUUUAACUGCCGCUGAUUUAACCGCCGUCCACGACACUGAUUCUGUGAUGGCUGAGCACGGUAGCGUGAGGAACGAGAGCAUAGCGGGUAGUGACGUUGGUGAUCAAGAUAUUGAUGAUGAUGAUGACGAUGAUGAUGAUUGGGAGGGCGUCGAGAGCACCGAACUGGACGAAACGUUUAGUGCUGCUACCGCAUUUGUGGCGGCGGCUGCAGCGGAUCGGCUUUCUCAGAAGGUGUCGACGGAUGUGCAGUUGCAGCUUUACGGCUUGUACAAGAUUGCCACCGAAGGACCUUGCAGUACUCCCCCUCCUUCCGCCAUCAAAAUUAGUGCUCGUGCCAAGUGGCAAGCAUGGCAGAAACUCGGUGCUAUGCCUCCAGAGGAUGCAAUGCAAAAGUACAUUGAUAUUGUUACAGAAUUAUAUCCUUCUUGGGCUUCUGGUUCAGCCAUGAAAAGGAAAGGUGGAGAUGGUGAUGCACAAAGUAUGGAUACCAAAGGGCCCGUGGGUCCAGUUUUCAGCACUUAUGUGUAUGAGGAGGAAUCUGGAAAUGAAUUGAAAAUGGAUGCCAUUCAUGCCUUUGCCAGAGAAGGAGAUUUGAAGAAUUUGCUCAAAUGUAUAGAGACUGGUGUUUCUGCAAACCUGAAAGAUAGUGAGGGUCGGACCCCAUUGCACUGGGCUGUAGAUCGUGGCCAUCUUAAUGUGGUGGAAGUUCUUGUUGAAAGGAAUUCUGAUAUAAAUGCAAAGGAUAAUGAAGGCCAAACACCUUUGCAUUAUGCUGCUGUCUGUGAGAGAGAAGCCAUUGCAGAAUUUCUUGUUAAGCAAAAUGCAGACGCCAGUUUGAAAGACAAUGAUGGCAAGUCUGCUCAUGAUCUUUGUGAAUUAGACUGGCCUUGCCUGCGGGCAUAGCAACGUGGACAUGCUGAUAUUGUGUUUUGUGGUUUCUUCGGCCUAGUCCUUGACAAAAUCCCCACGGAUGUAUGUAUAGUAUAUGGCUAAUUAUGGCCCCUCCCCCACUUUUUAAACUUAUAUCUUAAUGACAAAAUUUGCAUUGGGAUAAAUCACAUGUCCAGUUCAUAUUUAAAAGACUGUCUCUCAUGUGGGUUCAUGACUAAUGUUGGAAAAUUCUAGACAUGGUUUUUGCCGAA